GCGAGGAGGCACUGUACGAGAUUGCACGACGGAGUCAACAGAAGUUCGAGUUUGACCAGAUGGAGAGCGUUGCCAGGUACGCCGCGGAGCGUGGACUCGAUGCGCCCCGGGCCGGUGGUGCAAGGGGAGGAGAGGCGGGGCAGCGUCCAGUGGAGGGAGGGGGCGAGAAAGAUGGUGGGCAGGGUGCGUUCGACCGCCCUUCGAGGGGUGGAGGCGGGGACAUGGAGGAGGACGUGAUCCACAUCAAUCAUGAGGCACGUGGCCCGGGCGAGGAGGGACUCCUCGGACACGAGGACGCGCCAGAGUUCCAUCCAGCCACUAGGGAGAGGAUGGUGGACUGGUUGCCGCGAGCAGCCAAGGGGGCCGUGCCUGCACUGACUGGUCUGAGGGAGGACGGUCCUUCGAAGAGGGAGGAAGGAGGAGCUGAUCCAGCUACUACCCAGGCUGGAAAGAGGCUCCGACAACAGAAGGUGAUUGAGGUCUACGAUUACAUCGUUGCGUGUCGGCAACUCGAGGACUUUCACAUGCAGCAGGGCAGGUUUGGUGAUUGGCGCGGGGCGGAGGGGCGUGCUCGUGGGGGCGCGUGUAGCAGUGAAACGGAGACGAUCGAGUGCGCGUCUUGGUGGUCCCUGUACGGGGCUGGCGCACCUGAGUUGCAGCGGUGCGCUCUUCGUGUGAUGCACAUGUGGUCCUGCGCCUCUCUAGCGGAGAGGAACUGGGUGGUCCAUGAGGGCAUCCACACGAAGAAGCGCAACCAGUUGGCCUUCAAGAAGGUCAUGCAGCUCGUUGAGAUCACCACAAAUGUGUGGUUGACGGAGUAUCGGCAGGCGGGAUGCGGUUAUGUGUUGCCAUGGCAGCGGGACGAGGGCAUGCUCGACUGCCAGUCAGGCAUUCAGCUGGAGCCGGUGCGCACGGGGACGCGCAAGGGGAUGACGCAGGAGCAGAUUGCCCAUCCUGCGCCACUUCCAGCUCCGGGUCCGGUAUCACCAUCGCCCGUUUCGCCAGUUCAGCCGCGCGCUACAGAGGUGGAGACACAGGAGUUGGCAUCCUCCUACCCUCAGCACGGUCUUCUGCACAGAUCUACGGCAAUUCGCCGGCUGAGGUUACAAUCACCUUCCCCGCGGGUUUUGCAGGAGGAGGUUGGACACCAUACCACUCCGACAGACAUGGGGGGGGCAGCCGCAGCGAAGGUGGAGGUGACAGCAGCACCAGCCGUGGAGGCGGAGGUAGCAGUAGCGCAGGAGGAGGUACGAGGAGUGGCGACGGGGGAGGAGGAGGUGCGAGUUGGAGUUGCUGUGGUGGGAGAGGAGGUGGAUGGUGUGGACGCUGAGGAGCGCCUCGUGCAACAGUUUAUCACCGAGGAGGUUGAUCUCGUGGUGGCCGGUUUUACCCCAGGUGUGGCAAGGGGGUUGGGGAUGUCUCCUCCCACAGGGUGUGCGGGUUCAGAGAUGGGGACCCACUUUGACUUUGACCUGUCGAUGGACGCUCCCCCUAGUUGCGGCGGGGCGGCAUCGACUGGUCGAGCGCCUUCGAUGAACGAGGCGGCAGGCGAGACGGGCUCGCGGACCUCGAGAGAGAGGACGGCGGCGGAGUCUCGAGAUGCGGCAUGUGACAUCAUAGAGCGAGAGAGGGCUCAACUUAUGGCAUUCAGCGACCCACGUGCUCAGGCGUUUGCACUGGCCUUGGAGGAGCGCAGGCAUCGAGAGACAGGGAGAGAUGGUCGGCAGGGUGGGGUGGUGGCGAGGGAGGUCCGGACGAACGUUAUAGAGGCGGUGGCAGAAGAGGCGGUAGAUAAGGUUGUGGAAAGUGGGCCACAGACAGUGGGUGAGGCUGUGCUUGGCGGGCCACAGAUGGUCGACGAGGCUGCGAAGGCUAGUGCGAGGGUUGUUGUGUUGAGGAAGGGAGGCGACCCUGUCACCAUCGAGGAGGAUGAUCAUGAGACGACACCGGCAGCGCGGGAGGAUGAUGAGGACUAUGAGGGUGAGGGGGAGGGUGAGGAGGAGGAGAGUGAGAGCGGCGAUGGCGAUGACGACGACGACGACGAGGAUGAGCCCCCACCCCCCCCACCGACGCGUGCUUCGAGACGUGUUGCGCAUACGUCUCCACCUACACGAGGGAAGAGGAUACGAGCAUCCAGCAAUCGAGGGGGAACGAGCAGGCAGAGUGGGAGGGGGAAGAGGGGUCGGUGACUUAUCCUUCCCGCACCUGCACGCGAC